AUGCAAGAUUUAUCCAAAUCUUGUAGUAAAACCACAGUAGAAGGCUCCAGUGAAAAUGGUAAAAAAGCUCGGGAUUAUGAUAAUAAUAAACAAGAAAUUGAUCAUGAUGGACGAUUGGAUUGUGCAGCAAUCGUCAGAUAUAAUAAUCAAGAAAAUGGUCAUAAAGAUUAUUAUUCUUAUCUGGGAAAUGACGAUAAACAAGAUUAUAAUGAUCUUAAAGUUGGAGGACGUCAAGGUUACGAAACUAUCUUAAAAAAAGGAAUUGUGGAUCGUACUUCGUCUGCAUCAAAAGUUGAAUCAGCAGCUGAUAAAUUAUAA